UUACGUAUAAAUAUCAAGUCAAUUUUGGUAGUUUUCAUCAAACAAAUUUUAGCUUUUGUUCAAACAACUGCCACAAAUCACAAACCAAAAUCAAAAUGUUCAAAAUCGCCGUUGUUCUCUUCGCUCUCAUCGCCUGCACUGCUGCCAAGCCCGGUGUCUUCGCUGCCGCUCCUUUAGCCUACGCUGCCCCAGCUGCUGUAGUCGCUGCUCCAGCUCCUGUUGUGACGGCCACCAGCAGCCAAGUGAUCGCAAGAAACUACAAUGGCAUUGCCGCUGCUCCCGUUGUUGCUGCCGCUCCAGUAGCCGCACCUGUUGUUGCCCGCUAUGCUGCCGCUGCUCCUUUGGCUGCACCAUUGGCUGCUGCCCCCUACGUCGCUUCGCCAUUGUCUGCUCCAGUUGUGUCUCACUACGCUGCCGCACCGCUUGCUUCAUCCCUUCUUUGGUAAAGAAGCGUUUGUUAAUGAAAAAUGUAAGAGAAGAGAUCUAUGUGAAAUAAAAUAAU